AGACAAAAAGAGAUAGGGGGAGAGAGAGAAAGAGAGAGCGAGAAGAGAGAGACAGACAAGGACAGAAAGGGGGCGGGAGGAGGGAGAGAGAGACAGAGACAGAGACAGAGAGAUCAGCCCUGGUGAGGGAGGAAAACUCCAGAGAUAAUGCAGGGAGCUCCUGCAGGAAGACUCAGGGAGAAGAUCCCAGAACUUACCCUAAGACUGUUGAGAGAGUAGGGGGUGGCUUUGCAGGACCUGGCUUGGGGGUCAUCAAGCAGUAACGGUUACUGCACAGGCGUUGCCACUGAGCCAGAACCAUUUAACCCGACCUGUGUGGCUGGGGAUCAAGCUUCAGAUACCCCAUAACUCUGACUCUCAGACUGUUUUGGGGGCCCCGGGGCUGCAGACAAGGGGAGGAGGGGCACGUGAGGGCUGGGUCCCUGCCUCCCCCCAUCCUCCGCUGUCACUCACUACCCCAACAGUCGCCCAGGGGGCGGGCCCCGGAGAGGUGGGGAUGGGGGAGGGUAAUCUUGGCAGGCGCCUGCUGCAUGGCGUAGGUAGGGACUAUUGAGGGGGGCGGACGCCGGGGGGGUGAACACGAGUGGGAAGCGAAGAGAGACACGGGGAGGGGGAGGGGACCGGGAACCAUUUGAAUGAGAGGAGGGGAUCACGGGUAGAGUGGGCUCCAGGAGGCAGGGCGGGCAGGGUGUGACGGGGGCCAGACUCUUGAGCCAGGUAAGGGGAGCAGUACAUAUCCAGCCAUACUCAUGGACCCCAGUGAUUUCCCCAGUCCAUUUGACCCAUUGACCCUGCCAGAGAAGCCCCUGGCUGGAGACCUACCAGUAGACAUGGAAUUUGGAGAGGAUCUGCUGGAAUCCCAGACUGCCCCAACUCGAGGAUGGGCCCCCCCUGGCCCUUCUCCAUCCUCGGGAGCCCUGGACCUGCUUGAUACCCCUGCUGGCCUGGAAAAAGACCCUGGAGUCCUGGAUGGAGCCACUGAGUUGCUGGGGCUGGGGGGGCUGCUCUAUAAAGCCCCCUCUCCCCCGGAGGUGGACCACGGUCCUGAGGGAACCCUGGCAUGGGAUGCGGGGGAUCAGACCCUAGAGCCUGGACCAGGGGGCCAGACCCCUGAGGUGGUACCACCUGAUCCGGGGGCUGGGGCAAAUUCCUGUUCACCCGAGGGGCUACUAGAGCCUUUGGCUCCAGAUUCUCCAAUAACCCUGCAGUCCUCACAUAUUGAAGAGGAGGAGACCACCUCCAUAGCUACUGCGAGAAGGGGCUCCCCUGGGCAGGAGGAGGAGCUUCCCCAAGGGCAGCCACAGAGCCCAAAUGCCCCCCCUAGCCCUUCAGUGGGAGAGACUCUGGGGGAUGGAAUCAACAGUUCUCAGACCAAACCUGGGGGCUCUAGCCCCCCUGCACAUCCUUCCUUGCCAGGAGAUGGCCUGACUGCGAAGGCGAGUGAGAAGCCGCCUGAACGGAAGAGAAGCGAACGCGUUAGGAGAGCAGAACCUCCAAAACCUGAGGUUGUAGAUUCCACUGAGAGCAUUCCAGUGUCAGAUGAGGAUUCUGAUGCCAUGGUAGAUGACCCUAAUGAUGAGGACUUUGUGCCAUUCCGGCCCCGGCGCUCUCCUCGCAUGUCCCUACGCUCAAGUGUGUCACAAAGGGCCGGGCGCUCUGCAGUGGGCACCAAGAUGACUUGUGCACAUUGCCGGACACCACUGCAGAAGGGGCAGACUGCCUAUCAGCGCAAGGGGCUGCCUCAGCUCUUCUGCUCAUCAUCCUGCCUCACCACUUUCUCCAAGAAGCCCUCGGGCAAAAAGACCUGUACCUUCUGCAAGAAGGAGAUCUGGAACACCAAGGACUCAGUUGUGGCGCAGACUGGUUCCGGAGGCUCCUUCCAUGAGUUCUGCACGUCCGUCUGUCUCUCCCUGUAUGAGGCCCAGCAGCAGCGCCCGAUCCCCCAGUCUGGGGAUCCCGCCGAUGCCACUCGCUGCAGCAUAUGCCAGAAGACUGGAGAGGUCCUGCAUGAGGUCAGCAAUGGCAGCGUGGUGCACCGGCUCUGCAGCGAUUCUUGCUUCUCCAAAUUCCGGGCCAACAAGGGACUGAAAACCAACUGUUGUGACCAGUGUGGGGCUUACAUCUACACCAAGACCGGGAGCCCUGGCCCUGAGCUCCUCUUCCACGAGGGCCAACAAAAGCGGUUCUGCAACACAACCUGCUUGGGGGCGUAUAAGAAGAAAAACACACGUGUGUACCCAUGUGUCUGGUGCAAGACCCUGUGUAAGAACUUUGAGAUGCUAUCACAUGUGGAUCGUAAUGGCAAGACCAGCUUGUUCUGUUCCCUGUGCUGUACCACUUCUUACAAAGUGAAGCAGGCAGGGCUCACUGGCCCUCCCCGACCCUGCAGCUUCUGCCGCCGCAGCCUCUCUGACCCCUGUUACUACAACAAGGUUGACCGCACAGUCUACCAGUUCUGCAGCCCCAGCUGCUGGACCAAGUUCCAGCGCACAAGCCCCGAAGGGGGCAUUCACCUGAGCUGUCACUACUGCCACAGCCUCUUCAGUGGCAAGCCUGAGGUCUUGGACUGGCAGGACCAAGUGUUCCAGUUCUGCUGCCGUGAUUGCUGUGAGGACUUCAAGCGGCUUCGGGGUGUGGUGUCCCAGUGUGAGCACUGUCGGCAGGAGAAACUCUUGCAUGAGAAACUCCGAUUCAGCGGAGUGGAGAAGAGCUUCUGCAGCGAAGGCUGUGUGCUGCUGUACAAACAGGACUUCACUAAGAAGCUGGGCUUGUGCUGUAUCACUUGUACUUACUGCUCCCAGACUUGCCAGCGCGGAGUCACUGAGCAACUGGAUGGCAGCACCUGGGACUUCUGCAGUGAGGACUGUAAAAGCAAGUACCUGCUGUGGUACUGCAAGGCUGCCCGGUGCCAUGCCUGUAAGCGCCAGGGGAAGCUGCUGGAGACCAUCCACUGGCGUGGGCAGAUCCGUCAUUUCUGCAACCAGCAGUGUCUUCUGCGCUUCUAUAGCCAGCAGAACCAACCCAACCUGGAUACCCAGAGUGGGCCCGAGAGCCUCCUGAACAGUCAGUCUCCUGAGUCAAAACCCCAGACACCCUCUCAAACCAAAGUGGAGAACAGCAACACAAUCCCUGUGAAGACCCGAUCAGCUCCCACGGCUCCCACCCCUCCUCCACCCCCACCGCCCCCGGCAACACCCCGCAAAAACAAGGCUGCCAUGUGUAAGCCGCUGAUGCAGAAUCGGGGCGUCUCCUGCAAGGUGGAGAUGAAGUCCAAAGGGAGUCAGACAGAAGAAUGGAAGCCACAGGUGAUUGUGCUGCCCAUCCCAGUGCCCAUCUUCGUGCCAGUGCCUAUGCAUCUGUACUGCCAGAAAGUCCCGGUGCCUUUCUCGAUGCCUAUCCCGGUGCCUGUGCCCAUGUUCUUGCCCACUACCUUGGAGAGCACAGACAAGAUUGUAGAGACCAUUGAGGAGCUGAAGGUGAAGAUCCCUUCCAACCCCUUGGAGGCCGACAUCCUGGCUAUGGCAGAAAUGAUUGCAGAGGCUGAGGAGUUAGACAAGGCCUCAUCUGACCUUUGUGAUCUUGUGAGCAACCAGAGUGCAGAGGGACUCCUGGAAGACUGUGACCUGUUUGGGCCUGCUCGAGAUGAUGUCCUGGCCAUGGCAGUCAAGAUGGCCAAUGUCUUGGAUGAGCCUGGGCAAGACUUGGAGGCAGACUUCCCUAAGAAUCCUCUGGACAUUAAUCCCAGUGUAGACUUCCUCUUUGAUUGUGGCCUGGUAGGGCCUGAGGAUGUGUCUACUGAACAAGACCUUCCCCGAACCAUGAGGAAGGGUCAAAAGCGGCUGGUGCUUUCCGAAAGCUGCUCCCGGGACUCCAUGAGCAGUCAGCCUAGUUGUACCGGGCUCAACUAUUCAUAUGGUGUCAAUGCUUGGAAGUGCUGGGUGCAGUCAAAAUAUGCCAAUGGAGAAACCAGCAAGGGUGAUGAGCUGCGCUUUGGCCCCAAACCCAUGCGUAUCAAAGAGGAUAUUCUCGCCUGCUCAGCUGCUGAGCUCAACUACGGUCUGGCCCAGUUUGUGAGAGAAAUCACUCGGCCCAAUGGUGAACGAUACGAACCUGACAGUAUCUACUAUUUGUGUCUUGGCAUCCAGCAGUACUUGCUGGAAAAUAACCGGAUGGUGAACAUUUUCACGGACCUUUACUACCUGACUUUCGUUCAAGAACUCAAUAAGUCUCUGAGUACCUGGCAGCCCACACUCCUCCCCAACAAUACGGUGUUCUCUCGAGUGGAGGAGGAGCACCUCUGGGAGUGUAAGCAACUGGGGGUCUACUCGCCCUUUGUCCUUCUCAACACCCUCAUGUUCUUCAACACUAAGUUUUUUGGGCUACAGACAGCUGAGGAACACAUGCAACUCUCCUUCACCAAUGUGGUGCGGCAGUCCCGCAAGUGUACCACCCCUCGGGGCACCACCAAGGUGGUGAGCAUCCGCUACUAUGCCCCAGUCCGCCAGAGGAAAGGGCGAGACACGGGUCCUGGAAAACGGAAGAGAGAAGAUGAAGCCCCUAUCUUAGAGCAGCGUGAGAACCGCAUGAAUCCUCUCCGCUGCCCUGUCAAGUUCUAUGAAUUCUAUCUCUCAAAAUGUCCUGAAAGCCUCCGGACUCGCAACGAUGUGUUCUACCUGCAACCGGAAAGGUCCUGCAUCGCCGAGUCACCUCUCUGGUAUUCUGUGAUCCCCAUGGACCGCAGCAUGUUGGAGAGCAUGCUCAAUCGCAUCCUGGCUGUGCGCGAGAUUUAUGAGGAACUGGGUCGUCCUGGGGAGGAAGACCUGGACUGAGCUCGUGUGCCAUCCAUAUCCAUCUUUCACAUCAAUGUCUGUCCUGUGGUCAUGUCCCUCAGGGUGACAGGCCCAGGAACCAAUGCUACUCAUUCUGAAGGGCCCUGACUGCUCCUUUCCGCUCACCCAUUCCCUGCCUUCUCUAGGAACCCUGGCUUUUAUCUUCUUCCAUACCACUUGACAACCAUGGGGCCCCGGUCUUCUGUACUCAGGGGCUGGUCUCCCAGUGAUGGGCAAAAGCCAGCUUGCCCGUUUUCUUUAUGCUUCAGAGUAAACCCCCUCCUUCUGGGUCCAGACUCUGGGUGGAGUGUUAAUAGCUCUGGUGAUCCUGUUGGCUUUGGGUUUCCUGACCCAUCCCGCAUAGGUAAAGCCUCUUGUUCCCAGGCAUGACCUAGGGAAAAACCCAGCUGCCUUCUCUGCCCUGUGCCCACUCCCUUCUCUACUCUCCCCCAGCACCACGCAAAAAGGUCUCAUCUGAAAGGUAUGAAAUAAACAAUGAAAGCGAUGAGGGGACCAUUUACAUAAAACACAGAGUUUAGACACUCUUCCCCUCCUAUGAAAUAAUUGGUUGUUGGCACCCUCUCACCACCGCGUAUCCCUCACCCCCCCGGCAAGCACCAACCCUUGGUGCUGCAGUUUUUAAAAUCUUCCAAAUGCCUUUUUUUCCUCAGAGGCAGAGAAUGACUAAGUACGGGGAGCAGACUCCUGUUGUGCAGACUCCUGUCCCCUUGGUUUCUGUGUUUGUCUCUCUGCCAUCUUAGGUUGCCAUGAGCCAUGGUGUCAACAUGCUUAGCCCCCUCUGUAACUGCCUCCCUUUAGUUCAAUGGACAGAGCUCCCAAGGCAAAAACUACCUUCUGACUUGGGUUGAGGCUGGGUUCCCCUCUAUUAUUCCCCCAUCAUAAGAGCCAGGCCAAGCCUGUGGGGGCUUGAGUCAUGCAGGAUGGGAUCUGUGGUCAAAGGACAGGCGAGGAGCUGUGGGCACAGGGCCUGCCCCACUGCCUACAUCUUCUCUCUUCCCCAUCUUGCCUUGGAGGUCCUAGAAAACAAUUAACUUCUGGCAAAGGGGGUACCCAGUUCUUUCCCUGUUGACUUUGCUGUUUCCCAGGCUCCUUUUUGUGUUUUUAUAACUGUCACCAGUUAGCCACUGUUUAAAUUGUAUAUAUUGUUCUGAGGCGCCUGGCCUGUCCCUUCAGUGAGCCAUGCCCACCCUUGUGUUGUAGUGAAAAGCUGUUGUCACGACUAACCUUCUGUCUCUGAAAUUGUUUGUUUCAAAUAAAGAGUUAAAAUUGUC